UUAUUUUAUUUGAAACUAAAAAAAGAACUCGUAAAUUUUCCAAAGAAACAAAUUCUUUUUUUUUUUAAGGAACAGAACGAAUUCGUUUUUUUUUUGAAAAAGAACAAGGAACGGAACGAAUUCCUUUUUAUGAGGAAAUUGCCAAACACUGCUUAUAUAUUAUGUACAGACGUUUAGACGUAGGUAGUACGAUUAAUUUGAGAUGGAAUAGUAGAACAUACUUACAAUCGGUAUAAUAAUAUUAUAGUGUAAAUAUGGUUAAAAAUCUGGGGAAGGGGAGCUAGCAGUAUUAAGUAUUAACAGCCAACAGGUAUUGACAUAGUUUAUUAUUAAAAAUAUUAAGAAAAACCCUCCAAUAUUUCUAUAAUAUUGGAGGGUUAGGCUUAGCGCCCCUCCUCAAUUUUCGCCUAUGGUCUCUUGACACUUCCAUAAUAAUUUUAGAUAACCAGCUAUAAGUUUAUAAAAUUAUCGGCACGUCCUAUUUAAAUUUUCAGUGACCAAUUAUAUAACUAUCGGUACGACGGUACCUGUGUAGAUUGUAGGCUUUAUAACGUUUACGUAAACAUAAAUUCAGUACACCUACACAUGUAUAAGAUUAAUAUCUUCUGUAUAUCUGUAUUAGUAUUUUUUCGUUUCUAUAUUAACUAGAGUGUUUAUUUAUAAUUUUCAAACAUACAUUAUUUACGAAUAUAUAACUGACAGACACAUUAUUUUGAUAUUUUAAUUGUAUAGGUAUACAAACAUCGAGUCAAUAGUGCUAACCUUUAUAGCAUGAACAAUGUUAUUAAGAAAAUCGACGGAGAUGAUUCAUACAGACGUCGGUUGACCCGGCAAGUGUCCAUGCACACUCUAAAUGGCUUUAACGAACUCCGGCUGAACGUCAAACUCUGCGACGCGUCAUUGAUACUCGAUAACGGAGACACAUUCCCGAUACAUCGAUCGGUGCUAAGUGGUUCAAGCGAUUACUUUAGAAUACUCUUCACCACUACGUUGCAUGAAGGAGACUACACGAAAAUAAACCUAAAAUCUAUUGAAAGUACUACGAUGGAAUUUAUUUUGCAGUACAUUUAUAUGAGACAAAUUGAUAUAAACUAUGAAAAUGUAAUGGAUAUUAUGCGGACGGCUGACUAUUUGUGCAUAGACGGUUUGGUGCAACUCUGUCAUGAAUUUGUCGUCGAAUGUUUAGGACCUGACAAUUGUGUUUCUGUGUUGCAAUUUGCUGACUACUAUUACUUUGGAGAGUUGACAAAUGCGGCGUACAAAUACAUCGUCAAAGAAUUUAUGACCAUUGCGGAACAAGGCGAUGAGUUGAUGAAACUCCGAAAGGAAGAAUUCAGAAUUAUAAUCGAAGAUAAUCAGUUAAAUGUGAAACGGGAAGAGUGUGUUUGGGACGUGCUACUGAAAUGGGUGGACAUAGAUCCUAAAAAUAGGAAAAACGAUUUGUUGUUUCUACUGCCCAAAGUCCGUUUUGGCCUUAUGGACUCCAAAUAUUUCAUCGAGAACGUCAAGGACCACCAUUACAUACAAAACCGAGACGAUUGCAGGCCUUACAUAAUUGAGACCUUGAAGUUCAUGUAUGAUCUACAGCUGACGUCGAGCAUGACUGAUUCCAUAGCGCCGACGCUCGCGCGUCCCAGGUACCCGUUCGAAGUAUUGUUCGCCAUCGGUGGAUGGAGCGGUGGCAGCCCGACCGCAAUUAUUGAAACGUACGACACGAAAUCUGACCGGUGGACGAGGAUAUUCCAAGAGGACACGCACGGGCCGAGAGCGUAUCAUGGUACGAUCGUCAUGGGACCGUACAUCUACGUAAUUGGAGGCUUUGACGGGUUGGAGUAUUUCAACUCUUGUAGAAAGUUCAACACAGAGACGAAAACUUGGGAGGAAGUAGCGCCGAUGAACUGUAAGAGAUGUUAUGUCAGCGUUGCAUUGUUAAACGGCAUUAUUUACGCAAUGGGUGGAUUCGACGGCCAUCACCGGCUAGGCUCCGCAGAAAAGUAUGAUUUCGAACGAAACCAGUGGACAAUGAUAGCACCGAUGACUUCUCAGAGGAGUGACGCCUGUGCAGCCGUGUUGAAUGGCAAAAUAUACAUUACCGGUGGGUUCAACGGACAAGAGUGUAUGAACACGGCCGAGACUUAUAAUGUGGAAACCAACGAGUGGACGCUAAUACCGGCCAUGCAGACCAGACGCAGCGGCGUUUCUUGCAUAACGUAUCACAACUGUCUAUACGUGAUCGGUGGUUUCAACGGGCUGGUGAGAAUGAACAGCGGCGAAAAGUUCGACCCGACUACGAACCACUGGUCGACGGUGGUGGACAUGUGCAAUCCCCGGAGUAACUUUGCGGUCGAGGUGCUGGACGACAUGAUAUUUGUGGCUGGUGGUUUCAACGGGGUAACCACCAUAGCGCAGGUGGAGUGUUACAACGACCGCACGGACGAAUGGUUCGAGGCAAAAAGCAUGCAAGUGUACAGGUCGGCGCUGUCGGCGUGCGUCAUGAGAGAUUUACCAAACGUCGAAUAUUACAUGCCUCUGGACCGAGAUAGACUGGAAGAAGGCCGGAAAAACAUCGUGAGGAACAACCGACCGAACAAUAGCAAUGAUUCACAACGCGUCGACAACGAAUCCGUCAACACGGUCGCCACUCAAGUGGACAACAACCGAGCCGUUCAGGUUAACGACGACGAAGACGACGUGAUAAUACUCGACUGAUAGAUUGCUAGCAGAAAAUAUGACUGAGCAAUGUUCAAAAUUUUUUAUGUAAUCGUGCUGGUUGACGAGAUUUGCUGUUAGGCGUCAAUGAUGAACACCAGUCAUUAAUAUUACGGCGUUGUCAAAUAGGGAAACGUAAAUUUUACAAUUACACAGAAUGCUGACGGCAGAGACAUCAUAGGUCUACGGAACGCAACAGAUUCGUGCCACUCCAGACGUCUGCUGAAAAAUAAUUUUGAGAUCAAGAAAAUUGUCCUUGCAUGUGAUUGCCGUUACCUUCUAAUACGACCGAUCAGAAACAUAAUUUUAUAUUAUAUAUUUUACUUUAUUGAGCACCCGAUACGUUUCCAUAUAAGCCAAUUAAACUGCAUACACAAAAAUACAUAAAAAAAAACCAAUUAA